CACAAGUACGCAUAUUGAGAAAAGGAAAGAGGUCUGGUUAACAAUGGCUCUCCAGCAGUUUGUGUGCUUUUUCACUGUGAUGAUCAUUCUCUUUUACAGAGGUUGUCAUUCACAGUCUCUUGAAUGUGGCAGAAUAAAUCAAGCUGGAAACCCAAGAAGUUGGCCAUGGCGGGUCUUCAUAUAUGUAAAGGACAAUUAUCCCACUGAAGGGUCUCUAAUCAGCAACCAGUGGGUGCUGACGCUUGCUCGUAAUGUCCAAAAUUAUCACCCAAGUGACAUAUUGGUUCAUCUGGACUCCAUUGAGCAACUUUCAAGUCAAGAUAUGGCACUGGAAACGUUCCUCUGUGAUCCUGGAAACGAACUUUGCCUUCUGAAGCUGGCAUCCCCUGUAACUCUUACAGACAACGUACGGCCAAUCUGCUUAGCCUCAGAGCAAAGCACUUUCUAUUCUGGCACUGAAAGUUGGAUCACUAGUUUUAGUGUUGCUGGUACCGAGGAGAACAAUCUAGAAAUCGUAGGAAACAAUGAGUGCCAAUGCUACUAUGGACCCUUAUCUGAAGACACGAUCUGCGCUGGGCAUAAAGAAAGAGAGAGUACAUGCCUGGGAAACUGGGGGGGACCACUCAUGAACAAACAGAAUUCAGUUUGGGUCCAGAGUGGAGUUCUGAGUUCCUAUGAAGGCUGCAACGAAACUUCAAAAGCUGGAGUCUAUGUUCGUGUGUCCCGGUACCAGAAAUGGAUCAGUGAUACUGUCGCCGAUACACCCCCAGUCUUCGUUACCUUCACCUCCCCAGACAUUGACAUCGACUUAUUCUUCACUUGUUCCACUGACCCAGAACAUCCAACUCCUACUCCUCCAUGUGACAGCGUGUUUUGUGGUGGUGAAAGCCUGAUGCAUUUCACUCACUUCACCUCACUGUGUGUUCUUGUUGUGUCUCUCCAUGUUCUUGUUGGAAGUGGUGGAAUCUGACACAACACAAUUUCCCAAGUCUUGUAAUUAAGUACAAGAUUGAAUUACUUUACUUCAGUACUUUACCUUUAUAGCACUUUACAACUCAGAGGUGAAAGUUAUACUUUUUUUCUUUAAUAGAUUCAUCAAAAAGCUCGAGUUUCCAGUUACCUUAGGCCCCAACAACACAGGUCUAGAGACCCAUUGGUGACCAGCUGGCAGCCACCGGUCAUGAGGGCAAAAUGUGUUAUUGCCCUCAUGACUGGUUAGUGAUUGAUUGAUGGAGGUUGCUGCCAGUUACUGUGAAAUCAAUUGCUGAAGCUCCAUUCAAAACUAAAAGAAACAAUAAUCACAUCAGACAUUUUCACACAAAAUAAUUAAGAGUGGAACUGGUCACUCCAGCUUCUCAAAUACAGGGAUUUACCAGUCUUUCUUUUAAUGAUCAAAUUCAUUUUUAACCUUUUAUUUACUUGUGGUUACCUUGGGCACUAUGAUAGAAAUCAUAAAGGCUUUGAAUAUCAUCAAAUGAAAUCAUUUUAAAUCAUUCUGUAGACUGAAAUGUUAUUAAGUCAAAAUCUG